AUGCUCUCCUUUCUAGGGUCAAGCAUGUCGAAUACACGACAAUCACUCGCACAAGUACUCAACUUUGCGCUCGUUCUUUCAACGGCAUUUAUGCUUUGGAAAGGCCUGUCUGUAGUGACGGCAUCCUCAUCGCCGAUCGUCGUCGUCCUCUCAGGAUCUAUGGAGCCCGCUUUCCAGCGAGGCGACCUCUUGUUUUUGUGGAACCGCAGCCCCCGCGCGGAAGUCGGCGAGAUCGUGGUCUACAACGUGAAGGGCAAGGAUAUCCCGAUUGUGCAUCGAGUUGUGCGCACGUUCCCUGAGGUGGAGGGGAAGAAGGAGAAGACGGUCAAGGAAGUGCCCGAGUCAUCGCCGAUCCCCCCAAACAUGCUUCUUACCAAGGGUGAUAACAACCUUGCGGAUGAUACCGAGCUUUAUGCGCGCGGACAGGAUUUCUUGCACCGCAAGGAGGACAUUGUGGGGAGUGUGAGAGGAUAUAUGCCGAUGGUUGGAUAUGUGACAAUCAUGUUAAGUGAGCACCCGUGGUUGAAGAGCGUGCUUCUGGGGAUAAUGGGGCUGAUGGUGAUGCUGCAGCGGGAGCAAUGA